AUGUCGGGCGAACGCAGCCGCCGGGAUGCGAUGAGGAUGGCCCUCAUGCCUCACUCUGAGACCAUAGAGGACUUUAAUGAGAAUUACCGAAGACGAAAGUUCAACAUGGAACAACUGGCUGAAGCCUAUGCUUGUUAUGACCUCCUCGAUGAAAAGGAGCUGGCGUGUAUUGCCAGGCAGGAAAUCGUGGUCCAGAACAUGGAGGCCCACAUGAGGAAGUGCGCCGCGUACUUCCCUGGCUAUGCACCCUUUGCCAACCUCGGUGAAGGAACAGCGCAGCAGGUGGGAGACUUGCUUGGUCCGGCCGACGGAGGCAACCCCCAGCUCGUGCAGGAGAAGGAGAAAGAGAAGCCGGUCCUGGGAGGUAACUCUCAGCCCGCACCGAAGAAGCCGAUUCUGGGAGGUAACUCUCAGAUAGUGGAGGAGGGGAAGACACUCGGAGGUAGCUCUGAACCUGUCAAAGAGAAAGAUCUACUCGCAGGCAACUGUGAGCUGGAAGUGGAGGAGGUGCGGAAUCAAGGGGUCAACCGUGCGCCCAGUGAGAGGACGAAGCGAUGGAUUCAAGGCAUCGUAGCCCUGAGGAAACAAAAGUACCUCAGGCGGCAGCAUAAAGAGCAAAUGCGCAUUGCCGCUCUGGCUCGAGAGCUGAACAACUGA